AUAUCUCAGUAAAUCUGCACAUUUUGACUCCGCCUUCCGCCUGCAGUGGAGAAUAAGUCGGCCGAAUGAAAACUCAUCAGUACCAACGCAUUUUAUCCAUACUUGUGGAAUAAGAGAACGGCAGUACGUGCAUAUCUUCACUUCAGGGUAUUUUUUCGUCCCUUGGAUGGCUUUUCCUGCGGUGGAUAUCAGCUGAAUGUAGCUUUGCAGUUUGAGGCCACGAUUUUUUUAAUUUUUUUCUAAUUUUUUCUUUAAACUGAGGAUAAAUGCGACUUUGUGAUACUUUAUUUUUUCACGUUGUGAACGAGUAAAACGUGUUUUUAAGUUGUUAAUAUGUGGUUACGGUACGAUCGGCUAACUUCAGUAUCUUUUUUCAUUCUUUAAACAAACCCGAUAACAUGGAUUAUUGUUUUGAACUGAAAUUAAAAGCCUUGGAACUGCAUGAUGUCUCCCAAAGGGAUGGAUUUGUGGAAGUCAAUCCCUUCCCGUUCCUGUGCCUGUACUAAGUGUUGGAAGCUUCUGAGUGGCUGCUGGUGAGGGAUGCCUAAAGGCCCAAGAUGCCAGGAUGCCUAUCACUCAGGACAACGCCUUCAGCAUCCUCUCACUGCUAGAGGACUGGCAUGGGGCUCAAAACAAAGGAUCACAACAGGAUGACGACCUGAAUAAGGACAGUUUUAGUUUUAAGCAUGUGGAUCAGGACUCCUAUCAGAAUGAGGAAGUGGGCAGUGUUUGCAGUAGCAGCAGUAUUAGCAGUGCUCACAUUGAGGACAUGCCCCUGUGUUUUGCUGCCAUUCAAAAGUUGGUGGAAUACAUUAAGUUCAAUUUCAUGGAAGGUGACACAGUGCCAUCAGGCAGUCCAUCCUUCUGCAGGGAGGGAUUAGACGUUGAAGUUCAUGCUGUUUUCCUAAGUAAAGAUGAAGGGGAUUCUGCAGAGUUUGGCCUCAGCUUUGGGAACAUCCCUAUUUUUGGGGAUCCUGACAGAAGAAAAAAGGGAGGCCCAAGGAGAAGAAGGGACAUGGGCCCCAUCAUGGAUGUGGGCUGCAUCUGGGUGACAGAGGUGAGGAAGAGGAGCCCAGCAGCUCGUUGUGGGGGGAUCAAACUCAGAGAUGAACUGCUGUCAGUGAACGGGCAGCUGAUGGUGGGAGUAGACGUCAGUGGAGCCAGUUACUUGGUUGACCAGUGCUGGAAUGGAGGCUGUACCUACCUGAUCCUGCUGCGUCGAGUCAAGCGAAAGGCUCCUCUCCCUCCCUGUGACAGUGAAAAUGUCAGUACUACUCUCCGCAGUGACCAUUGUGCAAACCAGCAGCAGGGCACAGCUGCCUCUGAGUCCUCUAACAACUUGGCAAACUGUGAACGCACACGCAAGGUUGGUGUCAUAUCACGUUCGUCCUUUAAACGAGACAACAGGGACAGUACUGACUCAGAAAUUCGGAGCUCUUACAAUGGCCACAGCUGUUCUCCUUCCACUGAUGGAGAAGUCAGCCCUCCAGAAGAUGACUCGGUCUGCAUCCUCUCCACACAUACACCUGCAGAGGAAAGUCCAAACACCUGUCCUCAGGUGACAACAGUUCCCGAGCGUCUACACAGCAGAGGGGAUGUCACUAUGCCUGCAAGAUGCCACAGUGAGCUGUUAGAAAGCAAAAUGGACUCUUUGAACAUUGAAUCUUCUGGUCAGCCCAGAGAUGGCUGCCUGAUCUGGAAGAUGCAUAUGGUGAAAGGUCAGGAGGGCCUGGGCAUACAGAUAACAGGAGGACGUGGCUCCAAACGCUCGCCACAUGGCAUCAUUAUAGCUUUUAUAGAGGAGGGGGGUGCCAUUCACAGGGAUGGCCGCCUUCAUGCUGGUGAUGAGUUGCUGAUGAUUAAUGGUCACUCUCUGGUGGGUCUUACUCAUCAGGAGGCUGUUGCUAUCUUGCGCUCAACUACUGGUCUCAUCCAGCUGGUGGUGGCCAGCAGGGAGGAAUCAGAUGUGGAUUUCGAACGCUUCCCGUCCACCAGUCUACCAGACCUCGUCAGCACCUGCAAUUCUUCUUCCAUCAUGUCUCAGUCAGCUACCCUGCCCUCUCUCCCAGCCUCCAACAGCAGCACCAGUCUGCACAACACCUACCUGUUGACUAGCCUGGAGAAACUCGAAGUGAAAAGUCAGGGAGAGGCACUCAAAGGAUCCUGCUGCACCUCCAUACCUAUGAAGCUGUGCAACCGAUCCCAAGGGGGGAGUAAUCGCCUGGAGUCAGUGGGUGAGGAUGAUGAGCUGUUUGUGGAGAAUGGCAUGAGUGGCUGUGAAGAGUCAGAGAAGCCUCCACCUGGUCGUCGUAAACACUCCUUACCUCAACAGCUAGAUGCUGCUGGAAUGAGACAGGAAUAUCAGAUUGUUAAGAAAUCAGCACGCUCCCUGAGCACCAUUCAAGUGGAGUCUCCAUGGCGACUGGCACAGCCAUCCAUUAUCUCCAGUAUAGUGCUGAUGAAAGGCCAAGGCAAAGGUCUAGGAUUCAGCAUUGUUGGUGGACAGGACUCAGCACGUGGUCAAAUGGGUAUUUUUGUCAAAACUAUUUUCCCUCAUGGAGCUGCAGCUGCUGAUGGACGACUAAAAGAAGGAGAUGAGAUUCUGGAGGUAAACGGAGAGUCUCUCCAAGGACUCACACACCAACAGGCUAUCCAAACCUUCAAGCAACUGAAAAAAGGUGUGGUGACCCUGACGAUUCGAACUCGUCUGCGCAGCCCCAGCUUGACACCAUGUCCCACCCCCACCCUCCCCAGUCGUUCCAACUCGCCUAACUCCUACACCAGUGGAGGUACACCUGCCCUGUCCGGGCUUGAAGAGGCUGAUGGGUGCAGGGGCCACAACCCAGGUUCAAAAGACUGCAUCAUCAUGGAAGUCACACUUAAUAAAGAGCCAGGUGUUGGUCUGGGAAUUGGAGUUUGCUGUCUGACAUUGGAGAAUUCUGCUCCUGGUAUCUACAUCCAUAGCUUGGCCCUGGGAUCUGUGGCCAAGAUGGAUGGAAGGCUCAGGUGUCAGAACAGGAGAUGGAUCACAUAAUAGCUCGAUCCACACAGAGAGACAAAAUGUGCAGGAACAGACAUUCGUCACUUUCCCAAGGUCAGUCCUGGAAGAGCUCCAACUCAACAGUGAGGGACAGACAAGGAGAUGACUCCCCUUCCCUCAGCUGGACCAUGAAGAGGUUCCUUGAGCCUGCCAGUAGA